UUUGCCAUCACUCGUCUGUUGUGCGUGCUUCACGGCGGUGGCUUCCGUGCUCGGUUCGGUGAAAAAGUGAAAUUUGCUGCUUUAAAUCCCCCAGGACAGUGCUAGAAAUCGCUUCAAUUUGCUCCCCGAACGUUCAGUCGAGAUUGUCGUUGUCCGUUUUUUUGGGGGUGUCGAAGUUUGCUUGAAGAGUCAUCACCAUGGACGAUAGCAACGACCAGAACAGUCGUGACCGGUCGAGGCGCAAUGAUCGGGGACGUAACAACUCCCGGUACAGCAACGAUCGGGACCGCAGCCGGGACAGGGACCGCGACCGGAGCGAGUGCCGACGGAUUUACGUUUCGAACGUGCCGUACGAGUACCGCUGGCAGGAUUUGAAGGACCUGUUCCGCAAGGAGGUCGGCGAUGUGUCGUUUGUGGAGUUGUUCCACGACGAGAGCAACAAACCGCGCGGCUGCGGCAUCGUUGAGUUUGAGAAGGCCGAGCACGUGCAGUCCGCGCUGGACAAGAUGAACCGGUUUGAUAUUAACGGGCGCCAGCUGGUCAUCAAGGAGGACUACGGCAACGAGCGCGACAAGUACGGCCGGGUGGUGCCCAAGUCGUUCCGCGGGGGUGGCGGAGACGGCGGUGGUGGUGGUGGCGGCGGCGGCGGUGGCCGGGACAACGAUAACCGUGGUCGCCGGGAUCGGGACGAUGAUCGAAUUUCGGGGCGCGACGACGGCGGUGGCUUCAAUCCGGACUUCAACACGUACGGUCUCAGCAUCAAGUUCUUGGAGGGGCUCGGCAUUCAGGGCCCGCUGCACACCCGCAUCUUCAUUGCCAACCUUGACUACAAGGUCGAUGCGAAAAAGCUCAAGCAGGUGUUCAAGUUGGCUGGAAAGGUUCAAAAUGUUGAUCUUUCGGUUGACAAGGACGGCAACAGUCGUGGUUUCGCAGUCAUUGAGUACGAUCAUCCGGUUGAGGCGGUCCAGGCCAUCUCGAUGUUUGACCGGCAAAUGUUGUUCGACCGUCGCAUGACUGUGCGUCUUGACCGGGUGCCGGAGAAGGGCGAGCUGAACCGUCUGCCCGAGGGUCUCAAGGGUAUCGGCAUUGGGCUCGGUCCGAACGGCGAGCCGCUGAAGGACGUUGCGCGCAAUCUUCCGUCACUGCAGCAGAACAAUCAAGUUCUGAACAAUUCCAUCCAGAACGCGGCUCCGACGCCGGUGCAGCCUCCGCUGGGUGCGAAUCUGCUGGGCGCGGGCAACACCCUGUCCGGGUUGAACAGCAAUUUGGCCGCCCAGUUGAGUAGCGUCGUUGGGCUGUCCAACCUGACCGGUAAUCUGCAGAACUCGAUCUUGUCCAAUGCUGCGGCCGCUGGUUUGUCCAAUCUGACCGGGCUUGGGGGCCUGGGCGGAGGGGCGGGUGGUGCCGGCGGCUUGGGCGCUGCCGGCCUCGGCGGAAUCGGCAGUGGGGCGUCCGGAUUGGCCGGUCUCGGUUCGCUCGGCGGCGGUAACGACGGGGGUCUCGGCAACAGCUUCAACCAAAACUACUCGUCCGGCGGCUUCGGCAACAGCGGAGUCGGCGGCAACCGCAACAACGACUACGACCUCGGAUCGAACGUCCGCAACUACAGCACCGCACCGAACGAUGACUACGGCCGCAACUACGGCAACAUCAACAACGGCAACAACAACCGCAAGUCGUCCGAUACGAUCAUUAUUCGUAACAUGCCGUCGGCCUGGACGUGGCAAACGCUGCGCGACAAGUUCCGCGACGUCGGCGAGGUCAAGUUUGCCGAGAUCCGAGGACAGGACACCGGCGUGGUUCGCUUCGCCAAGGAGCGUGAUGCCGAGGUUGCCAUCAAAAUCAUGGAUGGUUCCCGGUUCGACGGUCGCACCGUGGACGUCACCUACUUCUAAGUAUUUGAGCGAGGGAUGUGAGUGGGUGUGUGUGUGGGUUUCUGCUGUCAUCGCUGUUCGUGUUGCGCGUAGGUUCGACUCGACUUUUACUCUGGGUUGCCCAUUUCGUUGAAAUCGGUAUCGUUUUUAGUUUGCUCAACAUUCUUUAACUUUCGAUCAAUUGGACAAAGUCAGGCUUUUUUUGAGUUUCGCUCUUCGACACACACACACACACACACACACAGGGAUGAUAGCGGUAGCAGUUUUAUUGAUUAAGGGAUCGCGUGCACACACACAAUAUUGCAUACACAAGACUAGGAUUACUUGCUUUAAGUUAAUACACUUCAAGACGAUUCCGCAUGAGGAGAAUGUGCGUUCUGCGUUCGGUUCCGUAACACGAAAUGGGGCCGCUUUUCAUCUCGGUGGCGCAGCAGAUUUCCCUCUUUUCCCCCUCUUUAGUAGUCAGUUGUUCAAGCGCGUGUGGUCGACCAGAUUAGACAGGUUGAAGUAGGGUAUCGAGCUGUCCAGUUUGCAUGAAGGUGUAGUAGGAUGGGCGAGUUCAAUGUUCGACAAGUGCAAAUCUGACGAUGUGUACGCGGCGACGGUGCGCACGAUUGGUAAACAAUAAAGAAUAAUAUACAACACGUAA